GAAUCCAUAAUGAGCCCUGUAACAUAGUCUAUGUAUUGUGCACACCCUGCUGUCUGAAUUGUAUCGUAUAUGCUGCAGGAAAUCCAGAGUAGUGGCAAAGUUGUUAAUGAAAACAGCCUCUUGCUUUUAGGACGAUAUGUGAUGAUUUAACCUCUUCCGGUAUUAGGGUGCAGAACUAGUCCUAAGGAUGUCAUUGUGCUUAUGUAUUAUUUCCAUGUUCAUGUGUUUAUACAGUUUGAACUCCAGUCAAUGCUGAUUCACUGCGACUUGACGCGAGCCCGGACAGAGCCUUGUUAUGACCUCCCAGCCAGGACAUCGACGGAUGGGACCGAGGUGCAGAGGAGCCAAGGACCUUCUGGGCCUGCAGGUGUACCGGGAAUUGAUGCCAUUUCUGGGGAAAGGGGAGACGAUGGCGGAGAGGGACUUCCUGGACCUGAUGGAGAUUCAGGUAAACCCGGCUCUACAGGAUUACCUGGACUUCCUGGAAAUGAUGGUUUGACCGGCCCUUUUGGAGAUGCAGGGCCCGAUGGUCCCUUCGGACAGAAAGGUGAACCUGGAAAAUCUGGACCUCGUGGAACAACUGGGGUUGGGCCAGAUGGACCCCCCGGACCACCUGGGCCUGGAGGACUUUUGGGUGAACUGGGAAAAGUUGGACCACUUGGGUCCAUAGGUGUGAGAGGGCCACAGGGACCUCGUGGACCUACAGGGGCCAGAGGUGCAGCUGGAAUGCAAGGCAGUGCUGACCUGUGUACAGGCUCUUGCCCUCCUGGGACCUCUGGACAUCCAGGCCUUCCUGGCAUGAAGGGCCACAAAGGUGUAAAAGGCGGAUCAGGAGAACCUGGGAAACAAGGGCACAAGGGUGAGGAAGGAGACCAGGGUGGAUCAGGGGAGCUCGGAUCACAAGGACCAACGGGUCCCCAGGGAAUUCUUGGGGCCAUGGGAAUGAUGGGCCACAAGGGAGAGCUGGGAGCUCGGGGUCUUGGUGGAGAUCCAGGUCCCCAGGGUGUUGGGGGGGCAACUGGGGAUCGAGGCCAGAGAGGUGUGAUGGGCGAGCUUGGGCCUAAUGGAGAAACUGGUGUUCUGGGGUCGAGAGGAAUCACAGGUGUUCCUGGUCCAAAGGGAGAUGGUGGCUUGCCCGGUGUGGACGGCCGCGAGGGUAUUCCUGGGAUGCCUGGAGGAAAGGGACUCAUUGGGAAGUCAGGCGUUCCUGGAGAGGUUGGACUUCAGGGGCUUCCUGGUUUGCCUGGUUCAUCUGGACCAAAAGGCUUGAGUGGCUCUAAGGGAGACGUGGGUCAGGCAGGCUUCACGGGAACAAUGGGACCUGCUGGCAAAGCUGGGGAGCGUGGAAACCAGGGGGGGCUUGGACCUAUUGGGCCUAUUGGAGAACCUGGAGCUGUGGGUGUGCAAGGCCCUCUAGGUUCAUCGGGCAAGCCAGGUGGCAGGGGAUCCAAAGGUGACCCCGGCCUCCCUGGUCUUCCUGGUCCUCACGGCCUGCCCGGAGUGAAGGGAGAGAGGGGAGAACGUGGAGAUCUAGGAACCAAAGGAGAUCAGGGAACACAAGGUGAUGAGGGAAACCCUGGAGACAAAGGGGAGCUCGGUGAGGGUGGAGAAGGUGGAGCUAAAGGAGAGACCGGUAACAUAGGCGAUGCUGGCAAAAGAGGACCAGAGGGAAGCAGAGGACAGCCUGGCAUCGAUGGGCCGGCUGGCACACCUGGACCCCGGGGCAUGCAGGGGAACAGGGGCCCCCCUGGAGUGAGAGGGUCCCAGGGUCCUGCGGGUAAAGAGCCGAGCGAUCAGCACAUCAAACAAGUUUGCAUGCGCGUCAUGCAAGAACAGCUGGCACAGUUAGCGGCUAGUUUAAGAAGGCCAGAGUCGGGCGCAGUUGGUUUACCUGGAAAACCUGGUCCUCCAGGGGCCCCUGGCUCUCAAGGAGACAAUGGAUUCCCGGGACAGGGCGGAACAAGAGGCCUUCCAGGACUCAAAGGGCCACAAGGAAUGCUUGGAGUUAAAGGACCCAAAGGUGAACUGGGAGACAGAGGCUCCAGAGGGCCCACUGCUCGAGGACCUAAAGGUCAGCCAGGAGCUUCCGGACUCCCUGGUGAGCCUGGCAAACCUGGCUACGGUCAGGACGGUCGGGACGGGCAGAGAGGACCUCCUGGGAUCCACGGACAGCCCGGUGUUCCUGGGCCUCCCGGGUCAGCCGGUCCUAAUGGUUACUGCGACCCGUCAUCCUGCAACCUCCAGCCAGGAGCCCAGCUUGUGGAUGUGAAGGGCCCUGCAGGAAACUAA